AAUUUCAUUUGGUACACGGUCGUGAAUGUCUGAUAUAACUUAUUUUUCCUUCAUUAAUUAAUACGACUUGAGUGAAUUUGAGAGUUGAAGUGAACUUUUUCGUAUGUCCAUCAACUGGUAUAGUUAGAUGUAGAUUUUAAGAGGGAAGAUAGCAGGUUAUAUCGAAAUGCGAUUGGUACUCAAAUCUAACCUCAGCGAAACAUCCUACCCCAAUUUCAUGGGAUUUGGAUGUCCUAAUGAUGUGAGCUUUUCUCGCGAGUACAAGGAGAAAGGUUGACCAAUUCAUCCAUGAAAAAAUAAAUCAUGAUUAAGAGGCAUGUCUUUUUUUGGGCGUGCUUCUGGACUGCGGUCUUUUUUCAGUCACCCUGCGAUGGUGAGGCCUACAGUUUCCUGUUUGCUCUUCCCAUGCCAACCAAAAGCCAUUUUACAACCAACGUCGUACUGGCUGAGGAACUUGUCCGCAGGGGUCACAAAGUUACCGUUCUCUCUCCCUAUCCGAAAGAGAUCCCCAUUUUCCAGGAGAUCAUCAUCGAUAUUAACAUUUUCAAUGAUAUACCAGAAGAACGGAACCUGGUAGAUCAUGGUGGCAUGAAUGCGUUUCAAUACUCCUACCACAGAUGGAAUAAAAUGCGUGAAAAAUUGGACAGAGCCUUAGCCACAAGAGAAGUACAAGAGUUAAUGAUGUCAGAUUCACAUUAUGACGUUGUCUUAGCUGAUUUGAGCUUCUUUCAGACUUGUCUCCUAGCUUUGGGCAGCAGAUUUAACGCAUCUGUGAUAGACCUUAGUGCGACAGCGCCUUCUACAUUCACUGCAAGCCUGACAGGGAACCCGUUCCCUUUUUCGACGAUGAUCUCGACGCUGCUGCCGUUAUCGAGCAAGAUGAGCUUCUGGGGCCGGCUCCAGAACACGCUGCUCUGCUCGUGGAACCUCAUCGGCGAGUACCUGUACCAGGUUCCGCGGCAGGACGCCCUCAUGCGCCGACACCUCUGUCAACCCCCCUGCGAGCACCUGCCCCCGCUCCGAAAGCUCCUCACCAACGUUUCCCUCGUCCUCGUCAACACCCAUUUUUCCAUGAACCGAGCCCGACCGAUGGCACCUAACAUGGUCGAGGUCGGCGGCUUCCAUCUCAAACCCCCCAAACCGCUGCCUACAAGCCUACAAAAAUUCAUGGACGAGGCAAAUCACGGAGUUAUUUACUUCUAUCUAGGCUCAAUGGUGGACGAUGAAACAUUGGGAGCCAGGAGAUUUCAGUCCAUAAUCACUGCGCUGGGGCGUUUAAAGCAGCGGGUUGUGUUCAACUGGAAAGAAUCAGCCUCCUUCAAACCGUCUGCAAACGUGCUGGUGCACCCGUGGGCGCCUCAACAGGACAUUUUAGGUCACCGGAACUGUGUGCUGAUGGUGACACACGGUGGUCAGAGGAGCCUGAUCGAGGUGACGUGGGCGGGUGUGCCAGUGCUGUGCAUCCCGGUGUUCUCCGAACAGUUCCAGAACGUCCGCUUCUACGAGGAGAGCGGCAUCGGCAAGCGCCUCGACCUGGAGCUCCUCACCUGCGACACUCUUGUCAAUUCCAUCAACACAAUCAUCGAUACACCGUCUUUUGCAACGAAAGCAAAGGAGCUAGCAAGAAGGGUGAGAGAUAGACCGACGCCUCCCUUGGAAACGGCGAUAUUUUGGAUUGAGUACGUAGCGCGACACGGCGGGGCCCAUCACUUGAAACCGAGUUCCGUGUACAUGUCUUACCACGAAUAUCUACUGCUCGACGUCAUAUUCUCUGCAAUCCUUGUCCCGCUCAUCAGCCUCCUCGCUUGGAAAUUCACUCAUGACAGAAAACUUACCGUCGACCUACCUUUCGUCCAGAAACUAGUUAAAAAAGUUUGGCAAGAGUUCCGAGUGAAGCUUCACCUUUAGAGCAGGCUUAUGUGGCCGCUGUGAUAACGAAGUUUUCCAUGAUGCACUGGAAAAAGGUACGGGCUGUACAGGCAUACUGUCUGUUCCGGGCUCAGAGGCCGAAAGUUACGGGUGCUGGAGCCGUGGCUUCGAUUGCUCCAGGUGCUCCUCCCGGAGUUUCUGGCCUCUCAGCCCGGAACGCGGACGGUAAAUCUAUACAGCCCGUGCGUGCGGCUUCCAAGGUCGGAGUUUUUUUUCAGUGUGCACGGAGAAAAAACUGCG